UGUUGCUCGAGAUCUACAGAAGUCGUCAUCCAAGGAUCCGGGACUUCAUCUGAACCGCCACUUAUUGAACACACACACCCGAUCAACCCACGAACCGAUAAAACCCAACUUUUCAAAUCAAUCAACACCCAGACUUUCGCCAACAAGCAAACAUCCCAUCAACCCCCCUUCCCGAUCCUCCCGAUAUCGAAGCCUACACCCCAAGCUCCGAACCCUCCCCUCCAUCGCCACAAUGGGCUUCUUCUCCUCCUUCCAAACCGAAGAAGCCAAGCGCGCCGAGGAAGUCCGUACCGGCGCCGUCGCCCCGGACCGCAGCGAACGCCGCAAGUGCUGGGAAGCCCGCGACGCUUAUUUUGGCUGCCUCGACCGCAAUGUCAUCGCCGACGCCCUCAAGGACGAUGCGAAAGCCCGCAAGGCGUGUCCAGCCGAGAACCAGGUCUUUGAGCAGGAUUGCGCUGCUGCUUGGGUAAAAUACUUCAAACAAUGGCGCGUAGCAGACCUCCAAAAGAAGCAGCGCAUGGCCCAGCUCGAAGCCGAAAACGCAAUCAAGAUGGACGUCACCACCACUUUCGCCGACCAGCCCUCAGCCCCUUCCAAGGGAUCAACGCCGACAAAGAUUGAUUUGCAAGAUAUGCUCGCCUCGAGGAGGCAGUAAGGCUGUACGCCCAGGGGAAGGAAGCAAAGAAUAUGUUCAAGACGAACGAACCAACCAUCCCCUUUCUCCCAUCGGAUUUGCGGGAUAUGGUGGGAUGGUUUCCCUCCAGCAAAGAUGUCUGAAAAAAGGCGAACCGUCGGCGGCUGUAUAUGGCCCCCUUUGAUACCAGAAUAACUCCCUUUUCUCCAGCUACCACUAGCUGGUGUACAACAUUACGUUUUUAGAUACUCCUCUCCUUGGGGGGCCGGCGGUAUUUAAAAUAACGUCUGUAGAAUAAUGUAAACCACAAUGGCAAACAACCUCUCAUCUAUCCGCUAUCACUCAGGCUUAACCCUAGCUUUAGUCGCAUUGCUGAGGAGUUGACUGGCCGAGGCACAUCACAAUAAACAACUUGACUUCAACAU